AUGUCGAGCUACGAUUAUGACUUGGUUGUAAUUGGAGGUGGAUCUGGCGGAAUGGCCGCGGCUAAGGAGGCGAUGUUGUGCGGUGCCAAAAAAGUUGCUUUGUUUGACUUCGUGAAGCCAACUGUUCACGGAACCAAAUGGGGUCUGGGUGGCACUUGUGUCAAUGUUGGAUGCAUCCCUAAGAAGCUCAUGCACUACGCAGCAUCGAUGGGUCCUGCGCUCCACGGCGAUGCUCCUCAUUUCGGAUGGAAUAUUGAAGUGAAGGGCCAUGAUUGGAACGCAAUGAUAGAUGCUGUACAACAAUACGUUAAGAAGCUUAACUUCAGCUACCGAGUGGGUUUGCGAUCGAAGAAAGUGGAAUACAUCAAUGCGUUGGGUAGAGUUGAAGAUCCUCAUACUGUCUCUUAUGUCAAGAACGGAGAGACCCAGAAGCUUUCAACCAAGUACAUUUUAAUUGCUGUCGGAGGGAGACCGAAUGUUCCAUCUGAAGAAGAAGUCCCUGGAGCCCAGCAGUAUGCCAUCACGUCUGACGAUCUCUUCUCACUAAAAACCUCUCCAGGGAAAACUCUUGUCGUUGGGGCAUCAUAUAUCGCGCUCGAGUGUGCUGGAUUUUUGACUGAACUCGGAUAUCCUACAACCGUCGCAGUUCGCUCCAUUUUGCUUCGUGGCUUCGAUCGCCAAUGCGCAGAGAAGGUCGGCCAAAUGAUGCAAGAAAUGGGAACAAGAUUUGUUCGUGCGCUCCCAACUCGAAUCACCAAAACAACUUCGGGGAAAUUCCAAGUUGAGUUUAGCGAUGGGCUUCCAACAGAGGAAUUCGAUACAAUUCUCUACGCGACUGGCCGCUUGCCAGAUACACAAUUGCUGAAUCUCGAAGCGGUGGGUGUCAAGCUUGAUGACAAGGGAAAAAUCAUUGCAACGUGCGAGCAAUCCUCCGUUCCCAGCCUGUUUGUUGUUGGAGAUGCUUUAAGCGGAGGACUGGAACUAACUCCAGUGGCUAUCAAAGCUGGCGAGCUCUUGGUUCGCCGUUUGUUCGCUGGAUCAACAGUUCAGAUGGACUACCAUCUGGUGCCAACUGCAGUUUUCACACCAUUCGAAUAUGGAGCUUGUGGAAUGUCUGAAGAAGCAGCCAUUGAGAAAUAUGGACAAGCCAACGUUGAGGUUUACCUUUUCGAAUUUCCAACUCUGGAAAUUGCUGCAGCUCACAGAGCAAAGGUUUUGUCAGCACGGGUUAAUGAAGCGGAUGUGGAAUUGAGCCCAAACUCGCUGACGAAACUCGUUUGUCUGAAGAGUGAGAAUGAGCGUGUUCUUGGAUUUCACUUCGUUGGAAUGAAUGCUGGAGAGAUUACGCAAGGGUACUCUUUGGCUCUAAAAUUGGGCUGCAAGAAGUCGGAUUUCGAUAGCGUUGUUGGGAUUCAUCCCACUGAUGCAGAGUCGUUCCACAGUUUGGCAAUUACAAGAUCCUCUGGAGAGUCGUGGGUUGCUGCGGGAGGAUGUGGAGGUGGAAAAUGUGGCUAA